AUGACACAAACACAACCACUAACAGAUUCGUUACCCAUCUUGACUUCGUCCGAAAAUUUACCAUCCACCAUUUCCAACACUAAUCCACCAAAAAUCAAUGUUGCUGAUAAAAGCAAUGAUCCACUUGCACGAAUCUCAAUGUCAACAUCGCAAAGAAUAGCGCUGGCAACAGCAAGCGGCGCAUUCUGGGGAUUUAUUUUCGGCGGGUAUGAAGGAAGUAAACGUAGUGGACUCCAAUACCGAGCAGAAAAUGCACAUAAAUUACCUACUACCAAGGGUGGAUGGUACUUUUAUCAUAAGCGUAAAAAUUACAAAAUGCUUUUGGGCGGGUUUAAACGAGGUGUGCGAUAUGCAUUUUUUACUGGUAGUUUGUGUUUCUCAUUUGUCGGAUUGGAAGCCGUGCUGGAUCGUCUUAGUGGUGAAACGAAUGUGUUAAAUACAGUUGCGGCUGGGGUUGGGACGGCUUUAUGGUUUUCAACAUUAUGCAAGUUAUUUUAA